AGUUGUUGUCAGUGAGAGCAGGAUCGUGAGGAAAGUAGCAGCAUAAGUACGAUGUCUUAUUCCAUCACUCAGGAACAUGUUCUUAAACUUGGAGAGACGUUUGCCAAACACCCUAAAAGUGCUUUUCACACAGUGCGAUAUGACUUCAAGCCAGCAUCUAUUAACACAAGAUGUGAAGGCGAGCUGGAAGUUGGAAAAGGAGAAGAGGUCACCAUUACAUUACCCAAUAUUGAGGGUUCAAGUACCCCAGCCACAGUGUUCAGGGGAUCCAAGAGACCUUACAUGAGGGAAUGCAUCCUCAUCAUAAAUCAUGACACAGGAGAGUACAGGCUGGAAAAACUUGACAGCAACAUUGCUGUGAAAAAGAUCAGGGUUGAAGGCAGCAGUAAGGUCCAUUCCUGCCUGAAACAACAGACCAGUUGCUUGAGCCAGCAAAGGAAGAAAAAUACCAACAAUCAGACUUCCAGCACCUGUAAAGCUGCUACUUCCAAAGAGAAGAUAUCACCCGCACCGAUGGAUGACAUUGAGAAAGAGUUGAUGGCCGAGGCACAGGUCAUGGACCAAAUGAACAGCAGUGACAGCUCCUCUGGAUCCAGCAGCUCUUCAUCCUCGAGUAGUGAGGACAGCUCCAGCAGCAGUGAUUCAGAGGAUGAGGGGGUUUCAGCGUCCAGUUCGGCCCUGGCCAGUCAAAGCGUGCCAGUCAAGACCAACAGUGGCCCAUAUGAAACGGGGGGCGGAGUUCUCGAGAAUGACCUCCAGCUGAGUGAAUCAGGCAGUGAAAGUGACUGACCAGCACAAGUGCUCUGCCUGUUGACAUCAGCUGGAUUUUUAGUAACGAUUCAACAGAUGCACCAUUCUUUUCUUUUCUGUGGACUCCAACCCUCCAUCACUGAUUCUCUCAGCAAACUCCAGAGUAAUGUUAGAUUUAGUGUUUCAUGAGCUGUUGCAUCAAAACAAGAAUGACUUAUCAAAGCAGCGUGAUGUGGUUGAUACAAAGGAACAAAGUGUGUCCACCAGCCUUCUUUCCUAUCACUGCUGAAACUGAGCAAGCAGAAUGACCUCCCAGAACUGUUAAGAACACACUGUCCCCUUUUCUGCAUUUCACCUCAGCGGUGCUACAAACUUUGGUUGUGCCUUAGAUCAGAUACAGUCGGGUCCGUAAGUAUGUGGACAGGGAGACUGUUUUUGGCAUUUUGCUGUCAAACAGUUAAGAUGUGUUUGUUGACUUUAGUUCUGUGGGUUCAGCAAAAAUAUGUAAACCGCUGAGGACUUAACCAUUUGGAUAUACAAUAGCUCAAAUUUCAGAGUUAAGAAGUAAUUGGACAAAUGAUUGUUUUUAAUACAUACCGUCACUUUUACAGCCAGUAUAUUGUUCACGUGAUCUUCUUGUUAAACCCCUUAAACUAAAACUCUGCAUUACAAAUGCAUCUCUACUCUUUAUUUCAGCUCCAGUGUGGUGGUUUAUGGAGGCACAACUACAAAAGUGUCACUGUCUAAUUACUUACAGACCUGCUGUUAACCUGCUGUUAGUUUUAGGAUCACAUUUCUCAGCUGGAUUAGUUUUUCAGUUUUGUCCCUGGAGUGUCACUUUGUUUAGAGUAUAUUUUCUUAAGUAAUUAUGACUUGAAGAUGUUUCCUUUGGAUCACUCAGUCUACAGUAAUUACCU